AUGUCUGAUCUCGCAGAUUUCCCCAAUUCUUUCAAUUUGAACGGAAAGGCCGCACUGGUGACGGGAGCUAACUCGUGCCGAUGCUACCAGAAUUCGGGGGGCCUCGGUCUACACGCUGCUACCGCUUUUUUGAGAGCGGGAGCUAAGAUCGUGUUUAUCACUGCGCGCAAGCAAACUGGGGUCGAUGAGGCCGUCAACGAGCUGAACAAACUGCCCGGCAUCAGUGUAAGGGCCAUUGGCAUCGCCGCCAACGUCGCCAACACGGAGGCCAUCCAGCGUCUGGUCGAUCAGGUGAAGCAGUACGAAUCCAAGCUGGAUAUCCUGGUUGCCAAUGCGGGCGCCACAUGGGGAGGACCGUUUGAGCCGACACCGGAUUGGGCGUCGCAGAAGGUGCUCGACUUGAAUGUUCGCGGCUUGUUCAAUCUUGCUAUGGAUGAGUAG